AUGGGCGAGCUGAGGAGGAUGGGAGCGAGCCCUAGGAGGAUGGGAGCGAGCCAGAGGAGGAUGGGAGCGAGCACUUGGAGGAUGGAGCGAGCCGGGAGGAGCGAGCCUGAGGAGGAUGGGAGCGAGCCUGAGGAGGAUGGGAGCGAGCCAGAGGAGGAUGGGAGGAGCGAGCACUUGGAGGAUGGGAGCGAGCACUUGGAGGAUGGGAGCGAGCCCUAG